AUGCAUAGUGGUGAAGUGGAGUGCAGUUCGGAUACAGAAGAAUUGUAUGAUGCUUUGAAAAGUGCCCAAAACAGAAAGCAACGACAUGCUGGUGGAUGGCAAACGAUAGGUUUGGAUCAUACGCUUUUCAAAGGAAUUCAGAAAAAAGGAUUUCGUCAACCUACACCAAUUCAGCGUAAAGCGAUACCGAUAAUUAUUGAUGGAAAAGAUAUCGUUGCUAUGUCAAGAACAGGAAGCGGAAAGACAGCAGCUUUUGUCAUUCCAAUCCUGCAAAAAUUAAAGGUCCGCGAUAUGAAAGGAAUCCGCGCUUUGAUUAUUGAACCAACACGGGAACUGGCAAUGCAAACGUUCACUGUAGUUAAGGAGCUAGGAAGGUUUACUGGUUUACGCUGUGCAGUUUUGGUGGGCGGUGAUCGUAUUGAGGAACAAUUUCAAACUGUCCAUGAAAAGCCCGAUAUCGUUAUUGCAACACCUGGACGUCUGCUUCACGUUAUUGUUGAAAUGGAUUUUCGUCUCUCGGCAGUACAAGUUAUUGUGUUUGAUGAAGCGGAUCGCUUGUUUGAAAUGGGUUUUGCUGAACAACUUCACGAAGUAUUGAAAAGAUUACCGGAAAAUCGACAAACUUUGCUCUUCUCAGCUACUCUUCCAAAGAGUAUUAUUGCUUUUUCGAAGGCUGGUCUUUCAGAUCCAGUCCUAGUUCGACUGGACCUCGCUGAAAAAAUAAGCGACAAACUGUCGAUGAUGUUCUUGUACUGUCGUACAGAUGAUAAAUUAGCAGCAUUUUUGCAUCUUGCUCGUGAAGUCGUAGCAGCAAAUGAGCAAACGAUUGUUUUCUGUGCAACAAUGAAGCAUGUAGAAUAUCUGGCAGCAGUUGCGGGAAAAGCUGGAAUUGAUUGCGUAGUGUUGUACAGUCAACUAGAUUCUGUGGCCCGGAAUAUCAAUAUUCAGAAGUUUCGCAAAAAAGAAUGUUCAUUAUUAAUUGUGACGGAUAUUGCUGCUAGAGGAGUCGAUAUUCCGCUGCUAGAUGUUGCUAUAAAUUAUCAUUUUCCUUCGAAACCAAAACUUUUUGUUCAUCGUGUUGGUAGAGUUGCUCGUGCUGGUCGUUCCGGAAAAGCCAUUAGCUUGUUCGGUGCAGACGAAGUGCCAUAUGUAAUCGAUCUGUUCUUGUUUUUGAAUCGUCCAUUAAAGUUCGCAACAACUAGUUCAGUCAGCAGUGAUGAGGCGUUGAUUGGAAUAUUUCCAGAUGGUAUCAUUGAUAGAGAAAUUGAUUUUCUAAAAAAUGUGCAUGACAAUUCGGAUGAACUGGACGAUCUUUUGAAGAAAUCAGAAAAUGCUAUGCAGAAAUACAAAAAAACUCGUCCGCAACCAUCAGCAGAAUCAGUACGUCGAGCAAAAGAUGAGGUCAAGGAGGCAUUAUUCAAAGCUUCAGUUCAUCCAUUUCUACAGCAGGAAUCACCAGAAGAAGCUGUUAGGCAAUUGUUCCUUCGAGAUUUGCACAAUUUUAAAUCGACAACGACUAUCUUUGAAAUUCAAAGUGGUAGCAAGGCUUUAUCAGCAGCUGUUAUGAAGGAGAAACGUAAAGCUCAUCAAAGUUAUAUUCACUCUAAAACUAAUUCGGAUAAGUGCACGGAUCUCGACCAAUCAGAAAUAACAGAUUCUACAUUUGAACCAAGCGAAGAUAUUUUGAAAGAUACGUUCCAAGCGGUAAUAAGAAAUACGAAAUUUUCAGCCGUAAAUGCUCUGAUGCAAAAAAAGUACAAGGGGAGGAAGCGAAAAGCUAACGAAUUGUUAGAAGAAAAGAAAAAGCAUUUUAUUGCUUAUGCACCUGUGGAAGCAAAUGCAGAACGCGGCUUGGCAGUAGAUCAUGAUUUCAAUGCCUUAGCUAAAGCAAGCGCUAUAGAAAUUCUUGCUGAUGAUGAAGUUGGCUUCUAUAAACAAGAGAAACGCAAAAAAUGGGAUAGAAAGCUGAAAAGGUUUGUUGGUAGUAAUGGCGAUGAUUCAAAGAAGAAAAUACGUACAGAAGAUGGAACUUAUCUGCCAGCGACAUAUAAAAGUGGUCGUUAUGAGAAAUGGCAAAAAAAGCAAAAGUUAGAAUACCAAAAUAAUGAUGGCGAUAAUGAUGAGACUGUUGAUCAAGGAGUAAAGCAACAUGAUUUUAGAGUACGCAGUGGCAGUGGAAAACGAAGGCGAAAUAAGAUGGGAAAUGAAAAAGCGCCACGUUCUGAACUUAAAACUUCUGAACAAAUCUUGAAGCAGAGAAAUAGGAAAGCAAGGAUUCAAUCAUAUCAGUCCUACAGAAGGCAACAAAAUUUGAAGAAGAAAGGUGUGAUUGGUAAACGAAAGAGCUGA